CAACAAUCACACUCUCUCAUCCACAUAUAUAAUCCAGACGAAUCACCAUGCCAUCUGCCCGACCUCCCGCUUCUUUGGCGUCCAGCUCCUCCGAACCGUCCUACUCCCCCUUGACCGGCGGCGCAACCAACCCCCCGGACGAUCACGAUCACGAUCACGACCGUUCGCCGUCGACCACCCCCACCGGAAACCCCAAGCCGGCCUCGGCCUCGUCGGCAGCCAACGCACAAGACAAGGAAAAGCCUCGGCUCACGGAGCAGGAGAAGAAGAACAAUCACAUCGCGUCGGAGCAGAAACGGCGCGCAGCGAUCCGGGAGGGUUUUGAUCGAUUGACGGAAUUGGUGCCGGGUCUAGAGGGACAGGGACGCAGUGAGAGUAUUGUUCUGCGCAAGACGGUGGAUUUUAUUCAGCUGCAGCUGCAGGAGCGACAGGAGUUGAUGGCGGAGAUUGAGCGACGGGGAGGGCGCAUUGACGAUUCGUUUCGGAACUGA